GCCGUAGUAGUGGAGUACUAAAGAUACCGAUGCUUACAGUUGUGCCACCAGAAAAUGUAAAAUCCAGAACAAAAGAAAGAGGAGGACCGAAGCAGUAGAAGUGUAGCACAAAACUUUAAUCCGCUUCCCCAUUUCGCCGGCGUUUGCUCGUCUCUGUCCUCAAUCGACGACGAAAACCUUCGGUUGGAAAGCGUUGUGACUCCUUUAUCGGCUGUCGCUUGGACUCCACUUUGGCUGUUAUUCUCUCUCCUCAACUCGCCGGGUUGCAAUGCUUGUGUCAAUUGAAUAGGUAAUAGGAUUAUUGCUGCCGCUUGUGGGUUUAUCGGAACAGCAACGUUUUCAGCUUUUCGGGGAGAUUGUGAAGGAUAUAAUGGGGAGAGGGAGGAAGAAUUUGAAGAGGGAGGUGGAAGAGGACGACUUCACUCUUCAACAAGGUCAAAGUAUUAUGCAAGUUGUGUCUCUUCGAGGUUCCAAUCUUAUUGAGGUAACAGAUGGAAAAGGUGAGAAGUCGUUGGCUCUUUUUCCCGCCAAAUUUCAGAAAAGCAUGUGGAUAAAGAAUGGGAGCUUUGUUGUUGUCGAUGACAGUGGUAAAGAGGAGGCUCUUGAGUCUGGUAGUAAGGUGGGAUGCAUCGUAUCCCAAGUUCUCUUCCAUGAUAAAGUUAGGCGUCUUCAAAAAAGCUCUGAUUGGCCAGAAGCAUUCAAGUCACAAACUAUUGACAGCUCCACUAGAAAUUCCCCAAGACCUGUUUCUGAACAGGAAGCGGAAGAUUCAGGCUCAAGUGAUGAUGAUGGACUUCCACCACUUGAAACGAACAUGAAUAGAAGGAGGCCGUAUGACUUGCAUUCAGGCUCAGCAUCAAAUUCUGAUGCAGAUAGUGACACUAAUGAAGAGUCUUAGACACAGAUUUCUGGUAAUUUCUUUGUAGCUUUUAGAUGUUAUAGUCAGGUGGCACUUGCACAAACAAUUAUUACUACUCUUUAUAUUCUCUCUCAAAUCGUGCACAGAAAUGUGUUCUAAGCAAUUUUUGUAGUGUUAUCUAUGUAAUAUUGAAUAGAUCCAGGUGGUACAUGUUAUUCAGAUAACUGUAAAGUAAAUUCAGUGCUACUGAUUAGUUGAGUUUAUUUGCUAUUAGUAUGCUGUUAUGAUCGCA